AUGUUUGCCAGGGGAGAUGAUGUUUCUAUCCAACAGAUGAUGGACAAAUUCAAUGAAUUCUCAAGAUCCACGGGUCUGACUGUUAACCCAACUAAGUGCAAAAUAUACUGUGGGGGAAUGAAGGAAGAGGAUAAACAGACUAUUGAGCAAAUCACUGGGUUCAGUAGAGGGCAGCUGCCAUUUAGAUACUUGGGGAUUCCCCUACAAAGCAGAAAACUUUCAAACAAUCACUGUAUGGUAAUAGCUGAGAGAAUUGGUGAUAGGAUGAAGCAUUGGAGUACAAAGCUUUUGAGUUUUGCUGGGAGAGUGCAAUUACUGAAAAGUGUUGUGUUUGGUUUUGCUAGUUAUUGGAUGAGCUGCUUGCCUAUACCAAAAAUGGUGACAAAGAAAUUGGAAGCCAUGUGUAGGUCAUUCCUGUGGACAGGAAAGGGAGAAAUCACGAGGAAAUCUCCAAUUGCCUGGGACAGAGUGUGUGGACCAAAAAGCAAUGGAGGGUUGGAUGUGAUUAACCUUGAAGCUUGGAACAAAACUUGUCUCACGAAGCUACUGUGGAAGCUGGCUAGCAAAGAGGACUCACUGUGGGUGCAGUGGAUUCACAAAUAUUAUAUAAAAAGUGAGGAUGUGAUGCAGGUGGACAUCAAAGAUAAUGGAUCCUGGAUACUAAGAAGCAUUUUCAAGAUGAGAACUGAGGUGGCUCAGCUUGAGCAGUGGAAGAAAUUGAAUGAGCAAGGAGGAUUCAAAAUGAAAAAACUGUAUUUAGAUUUUCUGGAAAAACAUCCUAAGGUUGAGUGGCGAGGUUUGAUGAUAAAAAACUAUGCAAGGCCUAGGGCUAUUUUCACUAUGUGGCUGGCAUGCCAUAAACGACUAGCAACCAAAACAAGACUUGAGAAGUUUGGUGUGCAAACUGACCUCAAAUGUGUGUUCUGUGACUGUCCUGAAACUAUACAACAUCUGUUAUUUGAAUGCAGGGAAACUAAGGAGAUUUGGGAGAAGGUGCUCAGCUGGCUCAACAUGAAGCACAAGGCACAGAGGUGGGAUCAGGAGCUUGUUUGGCUGACCAAAGUGUGCAAAAGCAGGAAUUGGAGAAGCAACAUCGUUAAAGUCGCCAUUGCGGAGACAGUGUGUGAAAUUUGGAAGAAACGGAAUGGUCAUGUGUUUCAACAACAGUAUAAGGAUAGUAAUACAGCUCAAAAGAUUAUUGAGCUAAUUGUUAAUAAAAUAUGGAUAUACCCCAAGUAUAUGAAAAGGAUAGCUCAAAUGAUAGUAGAGUAA